CGAGGAGCACACACAAGGAUUUAUAACUCGCUGCGGCACAGACUGUGACUCAAACACACCUCUGGACAUAUUUGGAGGUGUCAGCAUGUCAGGUAACAUCACUAAUGAGGAGCUAGAGGAGAUCAAGGAGGGCUUCGAGAAAAUUGAUUUGAAUAGUAAUGGCUACAUCAACACCUCAGAGCUCGGUGAGCUCUUCCGUGAAAUCGGCUUUCAAAUGCCUGGAUACAAGAUCAGAGAAAUUAUUCAAAGCGUGGACUUGGACAAAGACGGCCAGAUCAACUUUAAUGAGUUCAUCACUAUCUUCACGGACCUGAAGAAUGAUGACGUGGCCCAGAGUUUCAAGAAAGCUCUGAACAAGAAGGAAGGCAUCUUAGCCAUCGGAGGCACCAGUGAGAUCUCCAGUGAAGGAACGCAGCAUUCAAUCUCUGAGGCAGAGCGCUUUGCCUUUGCCAACUGGAUCAACUCAUCUCUGGAGAAGGAUCCGGACUGUCAACAGUUUCUGCCCAUCAACCCCAACACUGACGCUCUGUUUAAAGUAGUGGGAGAUGGCAUUUUGCUUUGUAAAAUGAUCAACAUCUCCGUUCCUGACACCAUUGAUGAGAGAGCCAUCAACAAGAAGAAACUCACCACUUUCACCACACAGGAGAAUCUAAACUUGGCCUUGAAUUCGGCCUCAGCCAUUGGCUGCCAGGUUGUGAAUAUUGGAGCUCAGGAUCUGAAGGAAGGCAAACCUCACCUGGUGUUAGGACUCCUCUGGCAGAUCAUCAGGAUCGGACUCUUUGCUCAUAUAGAGCUGAGCCGCAAUGAAGCUAUUGCAGCAUUGCUGAAAGAGGGGGAGAGCCUGGAGGAGUUAAUGAAACUCAGUCCUGAGGAAUUGUUACUACGCUGGGUCAAUUUCCAUUUAGAAAAAGUUGGAAACAGGAGAAUAUCAAAUUUCUCAGGGGAUGUUAAGGACUCCGAAGUAUAUUUCCACCUGCUCCAGCAGAUUGCUCCAACUGGAAGUGAAGAGGACGUUCCUCGGAUUGAGAUUGAUACGUCUGGUUUAUAUGAGAAGGAUCUCACGCAGAGAGCGGAACUCAUGCUGAAACAGGCCGACCGCCUCGACUGCCGCCAGUUUGUGACUCCAGCGGACGUCGUCAGCGGAAACGCCAAGCUCAACAUGGCCUUCGUAGCCACGCUGUUCAACAAGUACCCUGCUCUCACCAAACCAGAGGACCAGGAGUGGAAUUUGCAAAGUGAGACCAGAGAGGAGAGAACCUUCAGGAACUGGAUGAAUUCCCUGGGAGUCAAUCCUUAUGUGCACCAUAUCUAUGGUGACCUGAUGGAUGCCAUGGUGCUUUUCCAGCUUUAUGAUAAGAUUAAAGUGCCAGUGGACUGGGAUAACAGAGUCAAUAAACCGCCAUUCAAAAUGCAGGGAGGAGGGCGUAUGAAACAGAUAGAGAACUGUAACUAUGCUGUGGAGCUCGGUAUGUCGGCUGGUUUUUCCCUGGUGGGAAUCGGAGGUCAGGACAUCUACAGUGGAAAUCAAACUCUAACUCUGGCGCUGGUCUGGCAGCUGAUGAAGAGGUACACUUUAAAUAUUCUUGAAGACCUUGGAGAUGGAGAGGCUGCAGGAGACGAUCUCAUAAUUCAGUGGGUCAACAAAACUCUGGCUGAGGCUGGAAAGACCUCAUCUAUCAAAACCUUUAAGGAUAAAGAAAUCACUAGCAGUCUUCCGGUUCUGGACCUGAUUGAUGCCAUUCAGCCAGGCAGCGUGAACUUUGAGCUGGUCAAAACAGGAAGUCUGUCAGACGAAGACAAACUGGACAAUGCCAAGUAUGCUGUUUCCAUGGCGAGGAAGAUUGGCACCAAAGUGUACGCCCUGCCUGAAGACCUGGUGGAGCCCAACAGCAAAAUGGUGAUGACCAUCUUCGCCUGCCUGAUGGGAAGAGGCAUGAAGAGAGUUUAGAGAUUGUACCCACACCACACACACACACACACACACACACACACAACCGGGUGGGUAGUUUGAAAAGCAAACUUGCUCCUCAAACUACCCACUUUAAACUCACAGUUAGCCCGACCAGCACUAGAUGGUGCUGUUGUGUAGGUUUUGGCCUAUCAUUUUCCAAACCAUGUCUUUCCAUUCAGUAAAAGAGUGCAGGAAACAGUUUGCAGUAAAAACAAGUCCUCUACCAACAAUGGCUACAUCCUGAAACAUAUCUACAAGAUGUAUCAGAGUUUUGGCUCAAUCUGGACCCCGGUGCUUAUUUUGGGCUGUGUGGAGUUUGUAUGUUCUCCUCAGGUUCAGGUGGGUUUCCUCUCACACCAAAAAACAUGCAAGUCAGGUGAAUUGGAGACUCAACUACCCAGAGAUAUGCAUGGGAGAGUGACUGCAAUUGUCUGUGUGUAUUCAUCCUUUGGUAGACCAGGGUGUUUCCCUGCUUUCGGCCCAAUGCAUGCUGGGAUAGGCUUCAGCCUAUGGCCCUGAAAGGGGAUAAUGGGUAUGAAAAAUGAAUGAAAGCAUUGUUUUGUUCCUUUUAAAGGCUGUGACACACGUGCAACAUUUUGAGGCAAUGUGCGUUGCUGAUAUUGCCAACACUGUUAUAGGUUUGAUGACACUUUUUUAUUGUUUGUCACACUUACCAUUUCUCAGACCUGCUGAAAGAAUAUAAUUCGACUUUUGUCUGAUUUUUUUUUCAAUAGUUGUCUUUGUGGACAUAUGGUGUCCUUGCAUUUCUAAUAUGACGUUAUCACCGUGCUACGUUUUGCCUGUCCACAUUGCCUCAGAGUUUCCCGUGUGUCAUCGCUUCAUUUCUGCUGUAUGACUCCUAUCUUCCAAUGUGCCAGCCAAUAUAUAAUAUAAAGCAUUUAAUGUACGUAAGCCAUAAUAUUCUGUGCUAGACACCUAUUGACCUCAGCCAUUUUUAUAAUUAUGACCAAAGCUGUGCAAGAUUCUAUGUUGUCUAUGCAUUCACAUAAGACUAGAGGUAGACCUGUAAAUCAGUUUGGCCAAACACACAGGGCUUACAGCAGGGUUUAGAAACAAAUACCAACUUUAAGUGUAAGUCUUGGACAUCGAGAAUUCAGAAAAUGAUGCAUAUGCAUAGAUAGUUUCCAUUGAAAAAAGGGAUUUGUUUAUUUUCACUUUAAGACACUAAAAUACCGUUACUGCCGCGUCCGCUCUUACUUCUGUUUGAAUCGUAGUGCAGAAGUCUUUCUAAAUCGACAAUAUCUGACAAAUCAGAAUGGCAGAGCCGCUGUGGCUAACAUAUGAGCUGAGCAGAAUGUAAACAAACUAAAAACAAAACUAGGCAAGCUGAUCCACUGAUUGCUCUUCUUUUUCUCUCCUAAAUGUCACUAUUUGCCUUUAAAAAUCUGCAACAGGCUGACCUCUGGUCAGCACGCUGCUUUUUCUCCUCUGCCUUUGAAAUGCCUGUUGAUAAACUUCAUGCUCCAUUCACACAGGAACAGUCAGAUUUAGCUCUUGAAUUGUUUAUGUGGCAGAGAUGUGAUCUGUCCUGACAGGGUAAAGGCACAGGGAAUGCUGUUUUCUCUCCCUGAUCCGACAGACACUGGAGGAUUGAGUUUGCUCUGUGAAAAGUCCCAAACCACAUUUCUUGUUCCUGUGGGAAUGUAAGUUUGGAGGUGAUGUCGCCUUGGUGCUGCAGUUGACCACAUGGUGUUGAAAUGAUACCCGCGCUGCACGCUUUAGGUCUGGUGCUGCUGCUGUUAACAUUCCUCAGUCCUGUAGCUCAUUCUCUUUCAUCCCAAAUGUUUACCAGUGACGCAGUUGCUCCAGGAAUGUAAUGAUUUUUAUGAUUUUUUUAAAAAUUCUUUUCAAAAUCAAUAAUUAUCCUCAAAUAUUGUAGGGUUACUGUUGCAAUAUUCAAUGUUAACUAUUGAUUUUUGGGUUACUAGAUUGAGCAAUAGUUGUUUGCACUUUUUGCAAUGCUAGUACCACCAUGCAUCCUUUAAAAAUGAAUACGAGACUGCAAAUGCCGUUAAAGGGCUACAGUCGUGCACUGAAUCAAUUUCCAGUCAACAGAUCUUUGUUUUCAUUCCCUCAUUGCAGUGGCAAAUUUUCUCCCAUGGCUAAAAAAAGGCUUAAAAUGCUAGCAAUACUUCCAAAAGUUGAUGUGUACAUUUAAACAGUUGAAUUGUGCUGAAUAAAAGCAUU